CUUCAGCCGGGCUCCUUCCAGCCCUACCUUCGGCUCCGCCCUUCCCCGAGCGACAACCUGCCCAUCAAGGAUAUUAUCGAGCAUCCGGAUCCCGAAUAUGACCCCAAGGAGCAAGACUUGGACGACCGGACUUUACGCAAGAAGCUGGGGAGCCAUUUUGACCCCAACUUCAUGUCGGUGGCAGCGCCAGCUCAGGGCAACCUCUCCAGCUUGGAGCCUUUGCACAAGUUCAAAGGUCAGGGAACUCUACCCGGCGAGCUGAAGAAGCUGGACCUGGCCGAGACGCCCUAUAGGACCAAGGUCAAGAUAGGGAAAAAAGCCCGGCGGAAAUUUCUCCAGUGGCUUUGGGCGUACACCUACUGUCCGGUGAUGUACACCUGGAAGGACCUGGGCAGCAGAUUUUGGCCUCGGUACAUCAAGGAAGGGAACUGUAUGGCCGAGCGGUCCUGUUCCUUCCCCGAAGGGAUGGCCUGCAAGCCGGUCAAGUCGGUCACCAAGACCUUCUUGAGAUGGUACUGCCAAGGAUGGUCCAAGCAGAAAUACUGCACGUGGAUCCCCGUUCAGUAUCCGGUGAUUUCAGAGUGUAAGUGCUCCUGUUAA